AUGCAGAUCAUGUCCUGCAAACCAUCUCUCAGUGAUUGUUCCCGUUUCUUCUAUGCAAGUCCAGGAUUAUCCUCUCCACAUGAGAAAACGGAAACUGGUUGGGGUGAGGAAGUUAAAGAGCCAGAUUGGAUUGUCGGUCUAUCGUUUUACUAUGUUUCUUCCAUUCAUUGGAAAGUUGUUGAGCAUAUGAAGGAUUCAAGUAUCGGUUUAUUUACAGACAAAUGUUCAUGUAGUGAAAUAUCUGCAUAUUCUGCAGCCAUCACCACGUUAAUUGAGCAUUAUUUGAGGUUAAACGAAACCUUAAUAGCAGUAACAUUAUUGGAGGGAUUUGUUCCAACUUUUCUUGUGGACAAGGUAUAUGAUUCGGCUGAGAUGCAAUCAACCUGCCUUUAUAAGUGUGGCAAAUGCAUUGAGUGGUGUGCCAAAUUAUAUCCUAACCUGACAUGUGGGUGGGAUCAAUUAUUGAAAGAAAUUAAUGAAAAAAGGGAAAAAAUCGAGAAAGAACUUCCAGCUCAUACUUGGAACGACCUAGAUGAGGACAAUUAA